AAUGAGAGAAGAAAAGAUUUAUAUUUUGCCAAAAUAGGAAAGAAGAAAAACAAACAACAAACAAAAAGAUAUGUCUCUCGUACGUAAAAAGAAAGAGUAAAAACUCUCUUUUCUUAAUAUUUUCAUUUUUAACCCUGAAAAAGAGAUGUCUACAAUCUUGGGCUAGAGCAGAGUAUUUAUACCACCCACGAGCCUUUGCUUCUUCCUUCUUCUUCAUCACCUCUUCUCUCUCUCUUUCUUUAUUUCUGUUUUCUUUCCGGAGACAUUUGUCUGAUCUCAUCAUCAUCAAUCACAAUUACUCAAACAAAGCCUUGAGAAAGAAAAGAAAAAUAAAAUGAUCCAAGAGAAGAAACACCUAAGAUUAGUGUCUUCAUAGUAAAUGUUAAUGGUCAGAUCAAACAAGCAAGAACCACGCGUCUCUGCUACUUACAUCCGAUCUCUCGUGAAGCAACAACUUGCUUCUUCCACCGCCAACACCAUGACCACAACCACAGAUACCAACGGCGGCAAAACGCAAACGCAAACGCAGACGCAGACGCACAAGAAACAAGUGAGAAGACGACUCCACACUAGCCGUCCUUACCAAGAACGCCUCCUCAACAUGGCCGAAGCUCGUCGCGAAAUCGUCACCGCCUUAAAACAACACCGCGCUUCCAUGAGACAAGCCGCCAUGAUUCCACCGCCGCCUCCGCCGCCGCCGCAAAAUCUGUUUUCUGCACCGCCUCCUCCUCCUCCUCCGGAUCCAUUUUCUUGGACGAAUCCUCAUCUCAAUCUCCUCCUCCCGAAUCAACCCUUAGGGCUAAACCUCAACUUCCAAGAUUUCAACGACUUCAUCCAAACCUCGUCAGCAUCUUCUUCUUCAUCAUCAUCAUCAACAUCAUCGUCGUCUUCGAAUUCAUCAUCUUCAUCGAUAUUUACUACGAAUCCGCAUAUCUACUCCUCCCCUUCACCUCCUCCUCCAACUUUUGCCGCCACUUCUGAUUCGGUGGCUCAGCCGCGGAAACAGCUUAUGGAACCGGAGAACGACGUGGUGACGUCAGGUUGGUGGUCAGAGCUCAUGAUGAAGACGGUGGAGCCGGAGAUAAUAAAGGCGGAGGAUGAAGUCGUCGUAGUCGAAGAUGACGUCUUCCCCAAGUUUAGUGACGUCAUGGAAUUUCCUUCGUGGUUAAACCAAACAGAGGAAGAAUUAUUUCAUCCCUACAAUCUCACUGAUUACUCCUCCCCUCACAAUCCUCCCUUGUCCUGUAUGGAGAUUGGAGAAAUUGAAGGCACGGAUGGAGACGACUGGCUUGCUUGAACCACAAAGAUUGAUUACUGUUUUUUUUUUCAGACAUGAUGGAUCAACUCUUUGGUUCUUUUCUUAUUUUUCUUAUUUAUUUGUUUUCUUUCUAAUUUUUUUUUUUUUGUUCGGAGGCAUAAGAAGAUAUUUUGAAUCUUUAAAAUAACAACAAGCCUGCGGAGAGCAAGAAAUGUUCGAUUUGGCAUAGUCACAUGAA